AUGGCUGGCAACCACGGUUUGUCGGCUAGGAGGCUAGGAACGACCACGGAACGAAUAUCUCACCAUUAAAGCACCAUCUUUUCACUGGUCACUACUUGCAUUCCAAAAUGUAUACGUCGCAGGCUCAACUAAUCCGAGACUCUUCGUUUCUGAUUGGUCGAUACGUUGCAAGGUGGCGUCUCUUUGCAUUUCCUUCUUCUGAUGUGUUUUAAUUGAAAUUCGAGAAUCAGAGAUUCGACCGCUUCUAAGGUCUGAAUUGUUUAUCUUGAAUUGCAAUACCUUCGAUAUAUUUUUUUCUCUUUUUUUUUCUAUAAAGUAAAAAUUAAUUAGUAUUUCGAGAGAAGAUAAUCUUCUUCUAAAGAAAUCUUAAUUUUAAAUAAAAGACAAUCCAAGAGUUGCGAGGAUUUUUCUUUCUGUUACAUUUGCACCAAGCUUAUUGAUUUCAUUUCAUUAUGACCAAUGUUCAUAGAAAAAAAAAGAAAAAAAUUUUAAUUGAAAAUUGUAACACUUCUUGGAAAUGUAUAUUCUCUGACAGCUAUUGUUAUAAAUAUUAAUUUGUGAUUGUUUGAUAAUUUCAAACGAUUACGAGAGAAAUCAAUUGCAGAAUUUUUAGAUAUUUUGUUAUAUUAUAUUGAUGAUAAGAAAAUAUUUUGCAGUUAUGCGUUGAUAAUGGGCAAUUUUACAGGUUUGCAUGAUAAUUUAGAUUUUCAAAGUGAUUUCUUAAAGCAUGCGCAUAACUUUUAUCUACCCCUCUCUUUUUGCUUUGGGGAAUUUCAAGCGGUAUCAAGAAGAAUCUUCCGCCAUUCUAUAUUUACGAUUUUUACCGAAUUGUUAUACGUUUUAUCUGUUUUCUCGCAGCCCGUCCAAAAAAGCGAGGAACAAUGACGACAGUGAGUCCUGUAGUGAUAGCAGCUACGGCCAGACAUACAGCAACUGUAAGCGAAAAAUCUUUUCAAGAUGUCUCUUUUUUGGUUAUGCCUGACGCAAAGUGAUUUUCAAUUAACCAUAAGUUAAUUAUUCUUAAUAUAAUUUUAUUAUAUAAAUUCUGAAUGUGUGAGUAAUGUUCUUAUUACUCUAGCUUUCAUUUUUUCUUAUAUUUAAAAUUUAUAUAUCUUCGUAAGAUUAAAAUCUAUCAGUAUUAAAAAUAAUUAAAAAAAAAAAUUAGUACUUCAGAGUUUCAAGUAUCUUUAUAUAAUAAAUACGCGUAAAAUUUGGAAUAGAAGAAAUUAAUGAUAUACAUUUAUACAAGUAACUUUAUUGCUUUUGUGUAAUAUAAUCUUAUUUUUGUUUUAGAUUAUAUUUUUUCAUGGAUUGGGUGAUACAGGGUAAAUAGCAAUUUGUAUAAUUAAAUUCUAUUAAUAUAACUUUAUAAUUUUCAUAUAUUUAAUGUGUUUUAUAGUCAUGGCUGGGCUAGUUCAAUGGGAGCAGUGAGAUCUCCUCACAUUAAAGUUAUUUGUCCUACUGCGUAUGUAUGAUUGAUAUCAAAAAAACAUUACAUAAUUGAAUAAGACCUUUGAGUAAUUUUAUCCAAGUAAAUUUAUCCAAGAAUAUAUUAUUUAGCUUUAUCAUUUUAGGCCUACAGUACCAGUGACAUUAAAUGCAGGAUUUAGAAUGCCCUCUUGGUAAGUAAUAUAUGUAUGUGAUAAAUUUUCAUUAGUUGUAUAAAUGUGUAGAAUAAUUCAUGCAACAUUAAUAAUAAAAAAUUAAUAAAUAUAGGUUUGAUUUACGAUCUUUGGAACCAAGUGGUCCUGAAGAUGAAGAAGGUAUUCGCAGAGCUGCAGAAAUGGUACAUUCUUUAAUUGCAGAAGAAGUUGCAGCAGGAAUACCCACAAAACGUAUUGUUCUUGGAGGUUUUAGUCAGGGUGGUGCUCUUGCUAUAUAUAGUGCUCUUACAUUCCCAGAACCCUUAGCUGGUGUUAUAGCUUUAUCAGCUUGGCUUCCUUUACAUCAAAAAUUUCCUGCUGAAGCAAUAGGAAAUAAAAAUACUCCACUACUGCAAUGUCAUGGUGAUUGUGAUCCAAUAGUACCAUACAGAUGGGGUCAAUUGACUGCAUCAGUCCUCAAACAAUUUAUGACACAAACAGAAUUCAAAACAUAUAGAGGAAUGAUGCACGCAUCUUGCGACGAGGUAGGCAGUAUCAAUAGUUGUGAAAGUCUGACGUUCUAAUUAUUUCAUAUAAUAAUAAUAAUACUUUUACAGGAAAUGCGUGACAUGAAGAAAUUCAUUGAAAAGGUUUUGAAGCCGUAAUAGUUUUAUUAAAUAUACUAAUAUUUUAAAUAUUAAACUUAUUACUUUAUUGUUCUUUAUUAAAAAUUAAUUACUUCCAACUUUUCCAUUCUUACUUCAUUCUAGUGCUUGGUGAAGGAGUAAAGACAGUAGUAGAUGGAAAUGUUUUUAAUCUUAAAAAAAGAAAGCAAAAUAGUAGCAAUGAAUUAUUUAUAUAAAUUAUAUUUGAAUGAAUUAUUUCUGUCUUACGAUACCAAAGUUACCAUUGUAAUAUUUCCAAUUUCUAAUUUUACACUACGAAUUAAUAAUCAGGAGAUUCUUACAUCUAAUUCUAAAUGCUUUACUUACAUAUAAGAGAUAAUGUUAAGAUAUAACAAAUGUAUCUUAAAUGCAUUUUUUUAUAGAAUUCCAACUUGUUUUUUUUUUAAUUUGCACUGCGCACUUAUAAUACUAAAUAAUUGAAACAUUUUCUAUCUUCUCGAUAGAAAAAAUUUAUGACUUAUUUCCGAAUAAAGCUUCCUCUUCUAUGGACGUAAUAGUUUUCAUUAGUUUAAUUAUACUCUCUGAAAAUCGUUUAAUUAAAAUUUUUGUCUUAAUUAUAGAAGCAUUUAAAAAUAUUUAUAAAAUUUAUGUUUUAUAUAAGUUAUAUAUAAUGUACAAACAUUACUAUUUAUGAAAUAAUAAUUUUUGUAGAAAUAUGUAGGGACAGUAAUCUGUGAUUACAAAAUAUAAUUUUGAAAUUAAUAAACUUGAUAAUUUUUAGUAGACAGCAUGUUGCAAAUGCUAGUCGUGAAUAA